UUAUCGUUAGUAUUCCACGUUUGAAAAGGAGCCCGCGCAAACAAUGAGCAAGGUGCGGAGUGGUGUGGUGCGGACUCGCGGUAUCGCUAUUUCAGCAACAGGGUCGGCAACGCGUUACGACCAGCAAUAGCAAUAGCAAUAGCAAUAGCAGCAGCAGCAGCAGCAGCAGCAGCAACAGUAAUAACAACAACAACAUCAACAACGACAGGCAUUCCGACGCUGUGUGGGAACCAAGAGUGCCGGUACUUUCCCACGGAUAGGCUUCGCUAGCGGGAGCGGUCUGGCUACCGGCCUGCCAUGUGCCAUCGUUGGUACGGCCCACGAGUCACCUGAGCCCGAGUGUCGAGUCCUCUACGCCGCGCCAUCCCGGCCGUCUCCACUACUGUGGCGCGGUACUCGUAUCGUAUCGUAUCGUUACGCAGCUCCGCUGUAUGCUGUAUCGUCAUUUCCCAUUUCGUAUUCGUACUCGCUAUCGCUAUCGCUACGCUACGCAGCGUCCACCGUACCGUUCUGGUGACUCCGGCAUUUCGUAUUUUGCAUUUCGCCACACUGUGCCGUACCGACGUACCUAUUUUUGUUACUCGUCCGAAUUGUCAAUUUGAUUUGUUCGUUACUCUAUUGCAGUGUCGCGUCGUCUUAUGGUAUCAUUUGUGAUUGCGCGAUACUUGUCCGCAUUGUACUUUUUCCGUUUAUUUUGAAUUUUUUCGCCACCGGCAGUGAUUUUGUGAACAAUUUACCUACUCGCCAUCAUGUUGUCAGCAGCAACGGUCAAUUCGUCCAAUCAUCAUCACCGUCAACUUAUGAUGCGCCCAGACGGUCGGUGUUACGUUUUUCCCAAUUCGUCCGCAGGUAUUUCCAACGGCCCAAAUUCUGAUUACGAUGAACAGCCAGUUUCUAGGACCUAUCAAUAUCGAAAGGUAAUGAAACCGAUGCUGGAACGAAAACGACGAGCUCGAAUCAAUCGCUGUUUGGACGAGCUGAAAGAAAUCAUGCUGACGGCUCUUCAAUCGGAAGGUGAAAAUGUCAGCAAAUUGGAAAAAGCCGAUAUUCUGGAACUGACGGUGCGUCAUUUGCACAAGCUGAAACGUCAACGAGCCUUAGGACUGACGCCAGAAGCAGCCUACCCGGACAGAUUUUUAGCUGGUUUCACGCACUGCGCCGCCGAAGUAUCUCAAUACUUGGCUUCGGCCGUUCAAAAAAACCAGCACCAACAACAACAACACCAGCCACCAGAAAAUGAGAUUACCACGGCGGCGACGACGACGACGACGACGACGACUGUGGCCACAGCAGCGGCGGGUGGCCGAUCACCUCAGCGUGUCACCGAUUGUCCUUCGCCUGCGAAAUCGCCAGAACCGAGUAUCGAUCACUCGUCCGGAAUGAAAUUACUGCAACAUUUAGGCUCCUGCAUACAACGUAUCGAGCACGCAACCUAUCGACGCGAAGAUCCUUUCAAUCCUUACACUACACCACCUCCUUCGCCGUCGCCCAGCGUACCGUCUAUCAUCGGUUUAGAAAACAAUUCCAUCUUUCCAGCUUCCUCCCUGCCUGUGUGGAGACCAUGGUAGUAUUUCUAUCUACGAUACGAUUUCCUAGAAAGCUGUCCAUCUCAUCUCAGUCACCGUUACUUUUAUUCUAUGGGUACCUAUGUGCAUAUAGGGUGCCAGUUCUCCAGUUCAUUUUGUAAUCAUUCGUUCAUUUAUUUUAUUUGCUUCUAAUGAUCUUCCUUAUAAUGUUGUUCUUGUUUUGUUAUUUGAAUGCAUACCUAGUUUAAGUUUCUUUUUGUUAUUUCGUUCUUUUAUGCAUAUUUUCUUUUUUUGUUCGAAAAACGAGAUUUCGAGUAUCUACGUGUCGUGUACGACGUACGUAGGUACGUGUGUUUUACACGUUUCAGACGUAUAAUCGCGUAGAUUCAUUAUUCACUCUGUGAUAUUUACUUAUUUUUAAGGCGAAUUUCUUUUUUCUAUACUUUGUAAAUGUCUUUCUUUUGUACAUAUUUUUUGAUACUUACGUAUACGUAUAGUAUUAAAAAUUACAAUACGCAUUUAAUAAAUACGUUUUUUUUAAA